UGCAAGUAAUCAAUUAGCUCCCCUUGAAUUGGUAGUGAAGAGGUUUGAGGUCCUUCAGGCUGUUCUUGUUCGUGAACCGCACAAUGGAGUCGAGCUCACAGAAAGAUCACACUAAUGGUUUUCAGUCACCUUUUAAAUCUUUCGCUACCGACGCGCUCCAUGUUGGACAAGAAGCAGAGCAAUGGAAAUCGAUGGCUGUGGUGCCACCCAUAUCAUUGUCAACCACGUUUAAACAAUAUGGACCCGGACAACAUGCGGGCUUUGAGUACAGCCGCAGUGGAAACCCCACACGGAAUUGCCUGGAGAAAGCUGUUGCGGCAGUGGAUGGAGCAAAAUAUAGUCUUGCCCUGGCUUCGGGUCUGGCAGCCACAAUGACAAUUGCACACAUGCUGAAGUGUGGGGACAACAUCAUCUGCAUGAAUGAUGUAUAUGGAGGUACUAACAGAUAUUUCAGAAGAGUAGCCUCCGAGAUGGGCUUGGAGGUGUCUUUUGUGGACUGUACGAAGCUUGAUUGCUUGAAGGCUGCUAUUAAACCAAACACUAAGCUUGUCUGGGUUGAGACUCCAACAAACCCCACCAUGAAGGUCAUUGAUAUCAAAGGCUGUGCGGAUGUCAUCCACGCUCACAAUAAAGACAUCAUUGUCGUGGUGGACAACACCUUCAUGUCUGCUUAUUUCCAGCGCCCUUUGGCCCUUGGAGCAGACAUUUGUAUGUACUCCGCAACGAAAUAUAUGAAUGGUCACAGUGAUGUUGUCAUGGGACUGGUGUCUAUGAAUCGGGAUGACUUGUAUGACCGCCUGAAAUUCUUGCAGAAUGCAAUUGGAGCUGUCCCUUCCCCCUUUGACUGUUACCUGUGUAACAGAGGGCUGAAAACCCUUCACUUGAGGAUGAAGCAGCAUUUCAUUAAUGCAAUGGCGGCUGCUAAGUUCCUUGAAGCUGACCCCCGUGUUGACAAAGUUGUUUUCCCAGGAUUGCCUUCGCACCCUCAGUACGAGUUAAUGAAACGACAGUGCACUGGUUGUCCAGGAAUGAUUUCCUUUUAUAUCAAAGGUGACCUUACAAAUGCGACUGCUUUUCUCAGCAACUUGAAGCUUUUUGCACUGGCUGAGAGUUUGGGAGGAUAUGAAAGCCUGGCAGAGCAUCCAGGCAUCAUGACUCACGCUUCGGUCCCUGAAGAAGACAGAAAGGUUCUUGGCAUCAGUGACACACUCAUUCGAUUGUCCAUCGGCAUAGAGGACGUUGAGGAUAUCAUUGCAGAUCUGGAUCAGGCUCUGAAAGCAGCACAUCCUCAACAAAAAAACUAAGGCAGUCAACUCAAGAACAAAUAUCCAUGCUGGAUCCUUCAAGGAUUAGAAGGGGCAGUGCAUCUUGAAAAGGAAGCAAGGGAUAUCCUAUGGAUUUGCCUUUUUUUUGAGAUUGCAAAGGAAUUGUAAAGUGUACUGUAAUUUCUGAUUAAUUUGGGUAACUAGUGUUUUUUCUUUUUAGCUGCUUUUAUUUUUGCUCCUGCUGAUUUUGCUUUUGUGGUUCAUAUACUGGAAUGAUUUUCAUUAUUAAAGGGAAGAUGAAAAGUGCGGUACAUGCAGAUGUUUGCUUAAAGGGGUUCUAGCUAAUGUGUUACAUUACUUGUCGUGCUCUUCCAUUUGCUACCUAGACCCUAUAUGUUUGCUGUUGGUAUAACAUGUUCUUGCAAAACUGCAUGAGCGAGCCUUACAUAAGAAUAAUAUAGCUAUAAUCUAUAAUGUGUCUAAACUUUGUGGGAUAGAAGACUUGAAGGUUAGAUUUAUUGGACCCUAUUCAUUUCAGGUUUUUACUUGUGUAAUUUGCACAAUUUGGGACAAAAUAAAACUAUAGCGAGAAGCAACAGGGAGGGCUACUUAAGUUAUGACCAAGUACCCGUUUUUAAACAUUUCUAGUAUAUUUUAUUAUCGUAUAAAUUGAUGUUUGAUCAUUAAAAAAUGCUACUUUUUACUUCAGCAUUCAGGUUUAUAAAUACGUACACUAUUUCAUUAAGAAAAUAAUGUGGGGGAUAUAUCAUUUUAACUGUACAUUUUAUUGGCUUUUCACAAUUUGUUUGUAUGUAAUGGAAUAAUUCAAGUCCUUAGCUCUGCUGCUACAUUUAUUACAUACACUGAAACAGGACUGGCUCAUUCGUCGGGAUACCCAUUUCCUUUGCAGAACAAAUUAGAACUGUUACAUUUGUGUGAAAUGGUCAUUAAAAUGUAAUUGAUUUUA